UUAGAUUCGAGGCUGCAAGGUCUGGAAGAGAGGAUUUUGGAGUUCAUGGGAGAAGGAUUUGUUGGACUUCACGUAACGGUGGAGACAAAGCUGGAGGCUCUAGGCUCAAGGAUGAGUCAUAUUGAAAAGAACUAGCGGCUUUUGAGAAGAAGGGCUAUGAAAAUGGAAGACAAGCUAACUUCUAUUGAGAGUAAGGUGGAGCCGAGUCAUGGUGAAGACAUGGAUUUUCGACAGUGGGACUAUGGUACAUAUGAAGAGAAGGAGAAAGCUAAUGCUGAGCAAGAGGCUGAGAAAGAGAAGGAUAACAUCGAGAAUACUGAGCAAGAGGCUGAGAGAAAAAAUGAUGAAGAAGAAGGGGAAGAGAAAGAGGCUGAUGACAAUGCUCAACAAGAGGGUGAGAAAGAGAAGGAUAACAUCGAGAAUACUGAGCAAGAGGCUGAGAGAAAAAAUGAUGAAGAAGAAGGGGAAGAGAAAGAGGCUGAUGACAAUGCUCAACAAGAGGGUGAGAAAGAGAAGGAAAAUAGUGAAGCUGAUGAGCAAGACAAGGAGGACAGUGAGAGUGAGACUGAUGAGUUGAAACAAUUGAAGGAGAGAAGUAGAGCACAAGCUGAUAAACUGUGGAAAAAAAUUGAAGUGGAUGAAGAAGAGGUUGGAGGGAAACAGGAUGAAGAAGAAGGUGAAGAGAAAGAGGCUGAAACCAGUGACGAAGAAAAGGAGAACAGUGAGGAUGAUGAGAAAGUUGAAGAAAAAGUGAUGGAAUCUGAGGCUGAAGGCAAAGAUGAUCAAGCAGAAGUUGAAGGGAAAGAGGAUCAAGAAGAAGAAGUUGAAGGGAAAGAGUCUGAAACCAGGGAGCGAGAAAAGGAGAAAAGUGAGACUGAUGAGGUGGAAUCUGAGGCUCGGGAGGCAGAGAUAGAAAAAGGAACUCCGACACCACCACGUGGGAAUCAGACGGAGGGAACUCCCACACCACCACGUGGUAGGACUAAGGCAAUGGCUGCGAGGAGACUAGUGACAAGGCCUAUAGAGGAAGAACCUGUAAAAGGUUUUGAAGUUGUUGCGGAAGAGGCUGUGGAAACAGAGGGAAAAAGCAUGAAGAAAGUUCCGGAAGAAAAGAAAAAAGAGGAAGAGGCUGUGAAAGUUGUUGAAGAACAGGCUGGGGAAGUUGUCGAGGAACAUGCUGGGGAAAUUGUUGAGGAAUAUACUGAGGAAGAAAAGCAAAGGUGGAUCAUGGUCGUUUACAAGGAAGCAUCGAGUCCUUGGAUCAUGCAUAGGUGCAAGGAGAAUGCCGCUAUUGCUGUACCUAAGAAGAGUGGCAGACCAAAGAAGAAAUCACAGUGGGUGCAGACUCCUUUCACGGAGGGGAAGAAGCGUAAAACAAAGCCUUAUUCUUAUGUUUGGAAAACUAAGUUUACAGAUGUUACCAUGCCCAAAAUGAGUAAGAUGGAUAACUAG